AUGCCAAGAAAUUCGAGCUCGAAAAUUAAGAACAAUGAACAACCAUUUGAAUCAAAAGAUUUCUUAACACCUACAGGUUAUAUCAAAGCAGUUGAACUAUGUGAAAGUGACUCUGAACUAAUUGGUUGUCUAUGCAAAGAAAUGGACGAUAUUCAUAUUGAUAUUUGGAGGAGCCUAUUAUCCUCUAGAAAUAUGUUCGAACCAGUAAAAUAUAUAUUUUCUUUUUGGGAGUAG